AUGUUUCCCCCAACACAUGAACCAUUCAUUCAGACUUGAGAAUUUGCAGCUAUAGAGGCCUGCAUUUGUGUGUUAUGAAAAUGUGUGGUGCCUGGCAUGUCCAGGACUAGAUUUUUUGCUGCCAAGUGCCGCUGCUUGUUAAGAGAGGAGAGCAGGGCAGGGCAGGGAAGGUGAUCAAUUUGUUAAUUAGGCUGUCAACUUGAUAUAUAAAUUAUAUAAUAUUUUCUUUGACAAUGGAAGGGCCGAGCCCAUUGUUAAACCUAAAAGCCCUUGGCGCUUUAACAGCAGCGACUUGUGUCUUUCUUCUCUAGUAUUACGUUUAGGAAGCAGAAGAGAAGCAGGUCUUUCUCUCAAGUUUCUCCUGUACCGCGAAGUCUGCACCUCUCUGUUUCUCAAAAACCCCGACUUAAUUAUCAUUCAUAGUUGGCAGCAGAGCAGCAAUUAGGAAAGAGCUUUUCUUUACUUGUCUGGCUUCUGAAGCAAAAACCCAGUACAAUAACGCAAAGGUUAAUAGUAUUUGACAGAACAAGUCUUCUUACUUAGGAGCAGCAGCUGUACAUAUUCCUAACUGUUACCCCCGGCAUUUCCUCGUUGUUUAAGGCUUAGUGCAGCCAAUGUGAUCUUUACGUACACCUUGUUCUAUGUGCCAGAAACUUGCUCUAUUUUUGGGUGUGACAAUAACUGUCAUGUGCGAGUGACAUGCAUAAUAAAGACUGUUGAAAGGCAGAACAUAAUAAGAAAUACAGAAGCUCAAGAAAAGUGGAAUGAUGGAGGAGCAAGUAAGAUUACUAGAAGGGCCGUGGGGGGAUGUGAGGGAGCUAAGCCUAGGAAACAGAAUACAACGGCUAGACUCGGCUCCAACCCCACUCGAAUUCCUAAGAGACUAUGUAUCCCCUAACAAACCUUGCAUCAUCUCCAAUGCUAUCUCCCACUGGCCUGCUCUCAGCCUCUGGCCUAACCUUUCUUACCUUUCUUCCUUCCUUUCUGAUUCCAUUGUCUCCCUUCACCUUACCCCUGAUGGGCGCGCUGAUUCCCUUGUUCCCCUAGAAACCCCUAAAAAAGGAGAAACAUGCUUUGCCUCUGCUCACGUGGAGCAUGUUCCUUUCCCUUGCGCUCUAGAUCUUGUUCUGAAUUCUGAAACAAAAAAUGUGGUGGGAUACCUGCAGCAGCAGAAUGACUGUUUUCGGGAGGAAUACUCGGUGUUGGCUUCUGACUGUGAUGCGCACAUCCCGUGGGGUACUGAGGCACUGGGAGGCUGCCUUCCGGAGGCGGUGAAUCUGUGGAUUGGAAACCAUUCAUCUGAGACGUCAUUCCACAAGGACCAUUACGAGAAUCUGUAUGCUGUUGUUUCAGGGGAGAAGCAAUUCUUGCUACUUCCUCCUACAGACGUUCAUCGCAUGUACAUUCAAGAGUAUCCAGCUGCUCAAUAUUCUUAUUCCAGUGGCUCUGGAGAGUUCAGAUUGGAGUUGGAGAAGCCGCAGAGAUAUGUGCCUUGGUGCAGCGUGAAUCCUUACCCGCCUCCAGAGACUAAGGAGAAUGAGAUGUCCAAAUUUCCUUUGUAUUUCAAUGGUCCGAAGCCCUUUCAUUGUACUGUCAAGGCUGGAGAGAUUCUCUACCUGCCAAGUAUGUGGUUUCAUCAUGUUCGACAGAGUCCAGAUGACAAUGGACGCACCAUUGCCAUAAACUACUGCUAUGAUAUGCAGUUUGACAUCAAGUAUGCUUAUUUCAAUUUCUUGCAAUCAAUUCAUCAUGGGUCGACGUUGAUGAAUUAUGACGCAACCAAGUUCACCUUAAGUGAUGAAUUAUGUAUUGAUGCUAAUGAAUUGGAAGCAGAGGAAGCCAAUCAAGAAGAUACUAAAGACUAAUGAGCUUUGAUUUUUUAAUGUGGUGGUUGGUCUGGUUAUCCAAUUCAUUUGCGAAAUCUUCAAGCAGAAUAUGCAAAGAAAAUCACAACAGAAGACAUUUGCACUGUCUCUGUCACAUGUUAACAUGGUCACAAUUGAUUCAUGCAACUUUGAUUCUUGUUGGCUGCUGAUUAU